GUGUAGCCAUUGAGGUUAAAUGCUUUGAGUGAGGACUAAUUUCACACAUUUCAAAAGAUGAGCGUUGCCAGGAAAGAAUCAAAUUGAUUACUCCAAGACAACAAGAAGGAAAAGGAAGAAAGAUAUGUAUUUUCUAGGUGCUGCUGUUUACACAUCAAUUCUGAUUCAUGGCUUUUUAAAUAUAUUAUCUGUGUUUUGUGGUACAGAGGACAUAAAAGUAUGUCCAUCAGCUAGUACACUUAUCGAUGGUAUGGAAAUGAGUCAUUCCGACAGAAAGCCGGAAGAAAUAUGUGGUGUUCCAUAUCAGGAUGUGCAAAUUUUCAGAAUUUCCAGUGACCUUAAAGAACCACGACAUGAACAGUUGGUCUUAAGCAUACCAGAAGAAGUCACACGACUGAUCAUCACAUUCAAUGGAGUUGUGCUUGCUGUCGGAGUCCAGGGUUCUAAAUCCAGUCUUCUGUCCUGUUCGGAACACCACGACACGCUUCUUAUUACGUCAUCUGGAAAUAAACAAGCCUGUGUCCACGUCCUGCUAAAGCUGAAAGUCCAUGCUCAAAAUGUUGGAAGUAUUUGGAUAAACAGGACAGGAAAAGUGGAAGGAAGGCAAAUUAAACUACACAAUAAUGAGAAGCAACGAUCAUCAAUCAGAGGGAAGAGAAGUAAUCCUAGAAACUCUACAAAAAUGGAAUACAAAAGCGUUUCCGCCAAAAUGACAGAAAUAUCCGAAUGUGGGAAGACAAGAAGUUGCUUUAGGUAUCAUUCAUCUGACAGUGAAUGUGGUCACAUGAAAUGUACAUAUUUUCUGAGCUAUUCUUACAAACACCAAGUCCAAGAUAUGGAGUAUGAAUUUGAUUUUGAAUUAAGUGGUAGAACUUCUGGCUGGUUGGCUGUUGGAUUUUCUUCUGACAAACAAAUGAUGGGGGACGCAUUGGCUUGUAAGACGAAUGGUGAUCACAAAGAUCCUGUUGUGCAAUCCUAUAAAAUCCCGAUGAGGCAGGCGCGUCCCAAACUCAGGGAGGGAUUCAAAUCAAAUCUCACAGUUGCUGUCAAACAGAACGACUUUAUGUACUGCAGAUUCUUGUUCCGGGGUGGACAAGGCGACAUGAUGGAUCUAACCAAUGAUUGGUUCCAGUUAUAUGGGCGUGGCCCAGUGUCAUACGACGGAGAUUUGUUAAUACAUGACGAGAUUCCUCUGAUAUCAGAUUUCAAGAUCAGCUUAAUCAAAAGUGUCAACAAGAUGAACGUGUACACCAGCAAAGGAUCUUUCGUCACUUCCGCCUACCUCUGGUUCUCAUGGACAAUGUUCACCUAUAUGUUAGUUAAUUUUCUUAAUUGAUUUCUUCAUUAAUCUUGGUUUGCAUUGUCUAAUACACAUAAGAUAUACAAUAACAAUACAGAAAGCUUGUCUAUUAAUUUUUGUUUAGAAUAAUAUAUUUGUCGUGUUCUAAAUUUUGAAUUUACCGAGUAGGACUAAAUACAAAAUUUAGUACAUCACAUGUUGAUCUUGUAAUUUAGUAUAAGAAUAAUGGAAACAAUGUUAGUUCUUUUAAAUAUACAUGUUUAAGUUUUGUGUGUGGGUAAAUGAAAUGUUUAUUUCUUAAUAGAUCGAGAAAAUUAAGUAUAGAUUUUGUCAUUACCUAGCUGUAUUUAAUAAAUACAAACGUAAUUUCAAUUCAUGGGGUUGUUGUAUUGGUAAAAAAAAAAAAUUACAUUGCUUUCACAUCGUUCUUUAACCAUAUCCAUUAUAAAGUUUGUUUCUAUGAUACAGAGCUGUUGUUUGAUGACUGUAUAUAUAUACAUGUAUGUUAUUAGUGUUAUGUUUUUCAUAGUCAUUUGUGAAAGCAUACUGGUCAGUAAAUCUAUCAGCAUUGGUGACAAUGAAAUUAUUACAUUGUAUUAUAUAUUUCUUUUUUUGUGUGUGUAAAUCAAAAACAAUUUCAAACGUACAAUUAAGACGGUGAUUUUUGUGUGUCAAAUUUUGCUUAAUGACUGUUCAACUUCAUUUCUAUGAUUUCAACUAAACUUUAUUAAACUAUUUUAUUAAAAUAUUAAAUUUAUUAAACUAUUUUGUAUCAUUUAUAUCAGCGGACAUUUUCAUAUUGCAAAAAUGAACAUGUAAUUUAAUUUAGAUUGACAAUUUGCAAUACAGUGAAUAAUAUCGCUGUAUGUUGCAAUCCAAAACUUCCAAUACUCACAGAACCUUUCUUUAAUUAUUCCAAAAAAUAAUGGAAAGCAAGAAAUCACAUGCCAUUAUUGUCGUGGUCAAAUUCUGUUGAAUGUCACCUUUUUUAAAACACAAAAAUUAUUUUUUUAAUUGUUAGUCUGGGAAUUAAGUACAAAUAUUUCAUGUAAGCUGCAUAAUGAAUUCCUGUACUAGCAAAGCAAGAAAUUAAAGACAUUUUAUUGUUUAAUGUAUGUCUGUUUUGGAAAAAAUAAAAUACGUUUAGAAACGUUAAAUAUUGUAUUAUUAAUGUGUAGGUCACUGUACAUGUAUGUCUCAUUUGUACAUACCGGUAUGUAUGUUUCAUUUAUGGAAAAGGCAUUGCUCAAGAAAUAUUCGGUGGCAUGCAACUGUGUGCCGGCGAUAAAGAAAUGAUCAAUGACUGUAGUUAUUUAAUGAAAUGAAGAAAAUAAUAUAAAGUUGAUGUACAUAUCAUUAAAUAUAAAAAUUCAAUUAUCUACAUCGAUGGUGAUAAAAGGAAAGAAAAUGAAAAUAUCCGCCUGUUUGUUACACAUUCUUCUUAAAAUCGAAGUCUGCGUUUUAAAGGAUGUUUUAAUGUUUUUUCUAUAUUAUCUGUAAUUUCUUCCGUUGUGUCAA